AUGUUUUAUGCAGAUUCAAUUUAAGAAGAUAAAAUAAAAUCCUACCUUUAGUAAAUUGAAUAAGAGUAAGAAAAGAAGGAAAGAAUCUAAAAAUUAUCAGAAUCAUUAAUGAAUAAGGCUAAAUUAAAAUUGAAGUAUUUAAUAUUCGUUAAAUAAGGUUAACAAAUAAAGAUUUUAGAAGAGAAGAUUAAUUCAAUAAAAAAUUAGAAGAAUUUAAAUAACUUAGUACUUUUGUAGAUGCAAGACCAUCAAUAAAUAAAUUAAAUUUAUUAAACAAUAGAAAUCUAUUAUUAAAACUUUAAGUAAUAUAGAAGACUUAAUAAUAUUAAGAAAGCAAUAAAAAUAACACAAAUAAAACUUAAAUAGCAAAAUAGGAAUUAAUUUCUAAAAAUACAUAGCCAUUAAUUUUGGAUGAUGAAUUCAAAUUAUAAUUUUUAUCUUCUUAAAAUUAUGAGCCAAUUUAAAGAAAGUAAUUAAAAAUGCCUAGAAGAUCAUAACCAGAAUCCCCUAAAGAGGUUGCUCCUAUAAUAUAGGUUGAAGAUUUGUUAAACUUUGAUGAAUCUCCAAAAAAUGAUACAAAUUUAUUUUAUCGUUCGAUAUUUAAAACAAGUCCAUCUCCUUAAAGAAAAUAAUAAACAUAAUAGUUUGAAGAGGAUACAUAAAAAUUUAGAUAAUUUCUUCAAUCUCAAGGACUGAUUUAGAAGUCAGAGAAAAAGAAUCAAAAGAGAACACCAUUAAGAAAAAUUCCGAUUUAAGAAUAUUAUGAAAACUUUUAGAAGAAAUGUCAGUCAUUAGUAAAAGAUGUGGCAUUAGAGUCUAGAAGAAGAAGUAUGAUAAAGGAAAACGAAGUAUGUACUUCUAAGAAAGAGAUAUUAAAAGAUACUAUUAUUAAUAAAGGUCAUAAUUGUAAAUUAUCUGGAAAGUUAAAUCAUUCGUAAACUAAUUCUUCAACAUCUCCAAGAUUGAAGGUGAAUAAUUUGAAUCAAAAGGCAAAUAGAGGAUCCUAGACUUAGAGAGUUUUAAUAAAAACUAAAUGUCUAUUAGAUACUGAAUAAAAAAGUCCAAUUAAAAAUAGAUUACAAACUUAAUUUGAGUCAUUUACUUAAACUGUUAAUAGAACUUAAGAAACAUUUAUUAAGAUUAAUAAAAGAAAUGAGAGGAUUAUUCGAAGAAUGUCUACAGCUGUGAAUAGUAUACAUAAAAAAUAUAAUAAUGGAGAAGAGAUUUAAGGGUGA